GCAAUAAUUUGUAAACAGAGACGACCCACGGUUAAUCUGUUGCUUAAUUUUUUUUCCUAAGAUUCUUAAACAAAAUAGGCUUUCCAUUGUCCUGACAAGGGUGGUGGAUACUUUAUUAUUGCAAACCGCCCGUGCUUUUUAGGCCAAUGCACUCUUAUUGCUGCUUCAUAAUCUCUUCCAAUCAUGUUUCUCCCCCUUAAACAGCAUAACUUAUUAUUUUAGUUUCAGUGUGCUCUGGCAGGAUCUUUCUUAGAUUAUUAGGUUUCUUAAGACAGUUUAUAUAGGGGUGCAACAAGACUUUCUUUCCGCACUGUGACUAGUACCGGUGUAAAGUGAUUUUAUUAUUGUGUUCUGAAAGGUUUAAGUUCAAAUGGGAAGACAACCUUGCUGUGAUAAAGUUGGGUUGAAGAGAGGUCCAUGGACUAUUGAAGAAGACCGCAAGCUCAUGAAUUUUAUCCUUGAAAAUGGCAUACAGUGUUGGAGAACAAUCCCCAAGCUCGCAGGGCUGCUGAGAUGCGGGAAAAGUUGCAGAUUGAGAUGGAUCAAUUAUUUGAGGCCUGAUCUUAAAAGGGGCAUGCUAUCUGAAACGGAAGAGAAUCAAAUUAUACAACUCCAUGCUCAUUUUGGAAACAGGUGGGCUAAGAUUGCCUCUCAUUUUCCUGGCCGCACUGACAAUGAAAUCAAGAACCACUGGAACACCCGAAUCAAGAAAAGGCUGAAGCUACUUGGAGUGGACCCUGUGACACACAGCCCCAUUGAGCCUAAAGAAAAGUCAGAAAUGAUCACUGAGACAACACCAGACUCCACUUCACCUGUUCCUGAGACCAGGCCGGAAACUAGUGAUAUAACUGACAAAAAAAGUGAAAUGAAUGCGGGUUCAGAUGAAACCAUGAACCUAUCAAGCAACUACGAAGGCCUUUUAGAGAAUCUGGAUGUCCUCUUAUGGAUGAACCAAGAAGCCAACACCUCUACUUCUUACAGCCCAUCAUUCUCUUUGGAAGAAUCUCUGAGCAAUCCAUUGAUGGGGGAAUCUUCGUAUAUCCAAGAAGAUACUAUACAACAAUGGGGACAAUCUGUGGAUUCCAUGCUCUCAUGGGAUGAUUUCAAUCAACUUCAGGAAGAGCUUUACUAUUUCGGAUAUAGAUAACUAGGAUGCGGGCACCUUUAUCUUUAUUUCAUCUAAUUUCAGUUAUUAUUGAGUAGUAAUACCUACUACUUCAUUACAUUUGAUUUGUGUAGCCAUAUACAAAUACUCCGAGGCAAAUCACUAGUCAACUUGAUGCUCAA